GUUCAACGAUGGAAGGAGAGGCCUGCGAUGAAGAGAAAUGGCCGCAGCUGGUCAACAUGUCAACCGAAGAACUCUGGGUCUUCAUGGAGGACGAGGAGCGAUUGGAGGCGGUCAAGAAGAUCCCAACGUUCCUGCUGCUCAGCGGGCUCAUGCUGGUGGGUCUCCCUGGCAACGUCCUAGUUCUGCUCGUCUACGGUCUGAGGUUCCCGGCCUCCACCACGAAAUGUUUCAUCAUGGCGAUGGCGGCGUUCGACUUCAUGAACUGUGCCGUGGGAAUGCCGUUUGAGAUGGUCGACCUUAAGCGAGAUAUAGACCUGGAUAUUCCCAUUCCUUGCAAGGUGAGUUUUUUCGCUUCACAGACCUGGAUAUUCCCAUUCCUUGCAAGGUGAGUUUUUUCGCUUCACAGACCUGGAUAUUCCCAUUCCUUGCAAGGUGAGUUGGUUCACUUCACAGUUCACAGACCUGGAUAUUCCCAUUCCUUGCAAGGUGAGUUUUUUCGCUUCACAGACCUGGAUAUUCCCAUUCCUUGCAAGGUGAGUUGGUUCACUUCACAGUUCACAGACCUGGAUAUUCCCAUUCCUUGCAAGGUGAGUUUUUUCGCUUCACAGACCUGGAUAUUCCCAUUCCUUGCAAGGUGAGUUGGUUCACUUCACAGUUCACAGACCUGGAUAUUCCCAUUCCUUGCAAGGUGAGUUUUUUCGCUUCACAGACCUGGAUAUUCCCAUUCCUUGCAAGGUGAGUUGGUUCACUUCACAGUUCACAGAACUGGAUAUUCCCAUUCCUUGCAAGGUGAGUUUUUUCGCUUCACAGACCUGGGUAAUCCCAUUUCUUGCAAGGUGAGUUGGUUCACUUCACAGUUCACAGACCUGGGUAUUCCCAUUUCUUGCAAGGUGAGUUGGUUCACUUCACAGACCUGGAUAUAUUUCCAUUUCUUGCAAGGUGAGUUUUUUCGCUUCACAGACCUGGAUAUUCCCUUUCCUUGCAAGGUGAGUUGGUUCACUUCACAGUUCACAGACCUGGAUAUUCCCAUUCCUUGCAAGGUGAGUUUUUUCGCUUCACAGACCUGGGUAAUCCCAUUUCUUGCAAGGUUAGUUGGUUCACUUCACAGUUCACAGACCUGGGUAUUCCCAUUUCUUGCAAGGUGAGUUGGUUCACUUCACAGACCUGGAUAUAUUUCCAUUUCUUGCAAGGUGAGUUGGUUCACUUCACAGCCCUGGAUAUAUUUCCAUUUCUUGCAAGGUGAGUUGGUUCGCUUCACAGACCUCGAUACUCACAUUUCUUGCAAAGUGAGUUGGUUCACUUCAUCAUAUAGGUGAGUUGGUUCACUUCAGCAUAUAGGUGAGUUGGUUCACUUCAUCAUAAAGGUGAGUUGGUCAUAUAUUUCCGGAGAACUUUUCUCUCCCAUAUGUUGAAUAGGUUUUAUGCCGUUCUUGUUAGGCAUAAAUGUUUGGAAAAUAUGGCAGGAAUGCUUGGGAAAUAUGACAGAAAUGCUUGGGAAAUAUGGCAAAAAUGCUUGGGAAAUAUGGCAAAAAUGCUUGGGAAAUAUGGCAGAAAUGCUUGGGAAAUAUGGCAAAAAUGCUUGGGAAAUAUGGCAGAAAUGCGGGGGAAAUAUGGCAGAAAUGCGUGGGUAAUAUGGCAGAAAUGCGGGGGAAAUAUGGCAGAAAUGCUUGGGAAAUAUGGCAGAAAUGCGUGGGAAAUAUGGCAGAAAUGCUUGGGAAAUAUGGCAGAAAUGCGUGGGAAAUAUGGCAGAAAUGCUUGGGAAAUAUGGCAGAAAUGCGUGGGAAAUAUGACAGAAAUGCUUGGGAAAUAUGGCAAAAAUGCUUGGGAAAUAUGGCAGAAAUGCUUGGGAAAUAUGGCAGAAAUGCUUGGGAAAUAUGGCAAAAAUUCUUGGGAAAUAUGGCAGAAAUGCUUGGGAAAUAUGGCAGAAAUGCUUGGGAAAUAUGGCAGAAAUGCUUGGGAAAUAUGGCAGAAAUGCUUGGGAAAUAUGGCAGAAAUGCGUGGGAAAUAUUAUUUUUAAUAGGAGCACUCUAGAUUAACGUGAUUAGAAAAGGGAUUUAACUAAUGUUACUUGCUUCUAUGUAGGCGCGUUACUACAACUCUGAUUAUGAAACCGUAAAACCGUUUGUUCGUUGAGUCGGCUGAAGAAGAUUUUAUCUGAGUCGUUUGUAUUGCACCUAAGAGCCGUUCGAGUCUCAACGCACGGGGGGUCGGGACAGAUUGUACGCUACUGUGCAGCUCUCGUGGCGCGAGAUAGGGUCCUCGAUUUGUAAACUGUUGAGAACCACUGAAAGCGCAUUGAGAUGUGUACCACUCACCACGUAGGCCAUCACUUACUCACAGUCGUUGUCUAGACAAGUUUGCGUGACGCUUACACUCUUAUCUUUGACAUAGAAGGGAAACCACUGAGCCGCACUUUGACUAAGAGCAAUCUUUACUACAUGGACGAUGUCAGACGUGGAUCCAGAAAACAGCUCUGGUUGCGCAGCCUGAUUCGAAAAGAAGCGCAUUGCUAUUCCAGCAUCUUAAUUACUUGAUUGUUUUAUCACUGUCGAGUAUGAGCGUUCAUUAGGAAUUGUUGCGACUCAAUAUUAUGUUCAUUAGUUGUUGAACGCUUUUCCCGCGCUUGACUAUUAUAGUUAGUGAACGCUCUUCCCGCCAUUGUCUUUAUGACGUAUUUUUAUGCUGAGUCGUGACGUAUUGUCUAUGCCGUGUUGUGACGUAUGUUUUAGCCGUGCGGCAGUCUUGAGUGAAACCUUGGAGUGAUAGGAUGUUUAUUAUAUUUACUUAGAUAUUAAAGUUAUAGUUAUUAUGAAACGGAGUUGAGUUUGUUAAUUGAUAGUGAGAAUAGUACGACGCUUCAACGUAUGAAAGAACUGACGAAUGUAAUCAAUCCAAGAAGACGUGUAGGAGUUGACAUGAAAAGCGUUCAACAACUAAUGAACAUAAUAUUGAGUCGCAACAAUUCCUAAUGAACGCUCAUACUCGACAAUCACUUAUUACUACAGUAAUUUUAAACCGUUACUUCAUUUGACAUAUACCUCUUUACCACAUUACCACAUGACCAAUUUCCUAAUAUCUUCCUCACACUCAGAUUUUCCGGUUCCUGGUCACUCUGAGCUCGUGCGGCUCCGUCACUGUGCUGGUCGUAGUGUCUCUGGACAGAUUUCGUCGCAUCUGUCGCCCUUUUCAGAAGCAAAUGACGGUGAGGCAGAGUAAAUUCAUCAUUGGGGGUAUGCUGCUGCUGUCCUUGGCCUUCUCCACACCAGCACUCGUUCUGUACGGCAGACGCACAGACACCAGGUACAGUAAAUCAGUUGCGCCAUUAUUUUAACACAUAGAAAAUAAAUAUCACAAAAUAGGGUUGUUACGCACUGACUUGUAUUGGGAGAAAUUAAUCUCCUAUUUUAAAUUUAUGGCUCGUUCAAACAGUGCCUAACAAAGGACGAUAUCAUAUAGAAAUAGAAUAACACUAGUAUGACACUCAAAACAUUAACAAUUACAAUUAAUAAGAUUUAAUUCAGUAAUAAUACAAUUAUAAACAAAAGAAAUAUAAUUACAAAUCAUCAACUUACAGAGUAUGGUAGAACUGGUACCGGUACACAAUUAGUACACUGUGCCAAUGAAUGAAGAAUGCGAAUAAACACAUAAGCACACAAAUACACAAAGAAUAACACACGUCUCGUAAAGUUAAUAAAACCUAUCUGAAUCUCCGCUGAAUCUCUCUCUCUCUCUCUCUGUGCCUGUCAAUCCUUUAUAUAUGUGGGUCUACCGACGCGUCUAGCAAACGCCUUUACUUUUCUAGAAAAAAUUGAGAUCAUUCUACAAAAUACUAGGAGACAGUCUAACAUGUUUAAUUGGUAAACACGGUUGUAAACAAGAUACAUCAAACGAAGAGGCCACGCCCACAACAAACGCUAACGUCUGCUAGGGAUCUAAUUUGGGUCAAGCAAAAUUCAAGCACGGGGAAAUAUAUGCUACAUAACAAUAUAAUGUGCCAAAAAAUAAGGUACAAUGAUAAAUACGAAUUCACUCACACAGAAUAACACACUGUUGUCAUGUGAAGUCAAUAAUAUCUCUCUUCAUUUCAAUCUUGCUUUCUUUGCGUUUAUCGUUGGCUCUACCGAACAUCCGGGGCGUAUUCAGGAUUGUACUAGUAACUAGAACAUUCCACAAUUUGCUAUAAUUUUCUAAGGCCUUCGACUCAAACAAAACAGGCGAUAGCUUAAUUUGUGGUAAACAAGAUCAAAGGGAGUAAGCCACGCCCAGUACAAACGCAGCCUAAUUUGGGGUCAGGCAGAGUUCACGGCACGGGGAAAGUGACGUUAACACGUCGUCUACAUACAGGGUAAAAACCUAUACUUUUAUAGGAGUCUCCACAGCUAGAGAUUUGGUAUUUUAAUUGUAAAAUAAUUGUUUCAUUUGUCUUUUUAUGGCCGAAGAUUGCUUUUUGCCGAUACGUACCUUAUGCAGAUUACUUUACCUAACCUUUAAAUACACAUCAGGGCUGUCGCGUCGUGUCUAAUUUACUUCUCUGACUCUCAACCGUUCGCACGUGACAUCAAACUGUAUCGAUGUCAUGAAAACCUAACCUGUCGAACGCAUAGACAUGAUUUACCAACGAAGUUGCAUACGCAGGAAAGAGUUUGGAAAGUGCAAAAAUUAUAUGUUUGCAGUCUAACUUCAUAUCUAGAUCAAUUAACAAUUUAUGUCAGUAUAUUCACAAUUUAUAUAAACAGUAACCUAUAAAUAGUGGUCGGAGUUAAUGUUAUCUCCCCUUUCCUUUACAUGCAUACUGCUCCAUAGUGAAUAUUAGUUGUUAAGCUUAUUCUCAUGUUAGAUCGCCCCAUCAACCGUAAAAUUGUUUCAUGACUACGUUAUUCCAUCCUCGGCAGGUUCAACCACACAGUGUACGAAUGCUCCAUCGAUGAUGCUUACAGAAACUCAAGAAUGGCCUUCUGGUACCAAAUCAUUCUGGGUGUCACGUGGGUAGUUUGCAUCAUGAUUCUGGUCAUCAUGUACAGCUUCAUCGUCUACAACAUCCGGAAACAAAAACAGCGGCGCCAGCAGCUGGCAUCGAACUCGUACGGCAGUCAGUCUGUCUUAAACAAAAUCAAGAUCUCCAUCACCGACACCAGCAACAACGAGGGCCUACGCGGCGCGCCGCUGCGCACGGAGAUCAUUGCCGUGUCAGACGAUCACGUGCUGACGUGUUCAAGAAGCGGAGACGCUGCCAUUUAUGCCGUGAACAGCCCCAACGACGGUGACGAGGUCCCUGGUAAAGAAGCGAUGUCUCGGCUGGUGGACGCUGUGAGGGAGCAGGAUGAGAAGAUUUUCAGGAGCACGGCGGAGAGCAGGAGAUCUGUGAAUAGUUCUUCGGAGAGGAGGAGAUCUAAGAAAAGGUCUUCGGAGACGAGUAGGUCUAUAACAAGAUCAUCGAACGCCAGUGGAUCGGUGAAAAGAAGCUCCGAAACAAGCCGGUCUGUCAAGAGACUAUUUUCAAGGGACGCAAAUCCGUUGUUUCAGGAAGAUGAAGAUGGGGACGAUGCGGCCAGCGAUGACAACGGGACCUCGUUUGGCGAUGAUGUUUCUUUAACAGGAAGCAACAAAGUAUCAACAAACGUGACCAAGUCAAGUCUUAACAACUACCUGGCAGCGUCCAUGGAUACAGGCUUCACUCUCAGGUCCGGAAGUUACUGCCGGGAAGAGAGUGUGACAUCACAGCCUGACGUCAUACCAACAAGAGCCCGAAAACGUGGUCAUUUCUUCGGCCGGUAUCGGCCGUGGGACUCUAUGGGCGUGGCUUGUCAGACCAGGGUGGUAAGUACCAUGAUGGACAGAGACUGGACGUCCAACAGUUUCCCUCUCCUGGACUGUCCGGAGACCCAUAUGGUACCUAUUAUAAGAAGAGCGUCAUCAUUGCCUUGUUUGCUGAAUUUACAUGGGAGAAAAAGCGACGAGUCGGGUUUCGAAGAUUUCUCUGAAAUCCAAAUCCCCGAAGCUGAGACGAGGCUCAAAGAAGGAACACCAUAUGAAGCAAAAAAUCACAUUAAUUCUGCCAAACAAAGAACAUCUUCGUUGGUUUCCCAAUCAGUCAGCAAAAACCCGCACGCCAACGUGACGUGGGACUCCAUCCAUGACAACAGUUUAACUCUGAGCAGGACCAGUAAAACCAGUCAGGUAUCUGCCAACAGACAAACGCCCAACGGUUUCCGCUCUCAGAGCGUGGCAACGACCGCAACCAGCAAAUCUAGGAAGAAAUCGUGUGUUCGCGAUAUCAAAACAUCACGCGUCAGUUUCAUGAUGUUCCUCGUGACGCUCGGCUUCGUCCUCAGUUAUCUCCCCCACCUGGUCCUUCAGGUGUUCGGCGUGCUGUCCCCGCCGUGGCUGGUCGAACGUCUGCUGUGCCCGCGCAGUGGUUACUACAUCACCCACCACCUGCUGAUGAGGUCGUUCUUCAUCAACAACGCCAUCAACCCCAUCAUCUACAGUUUCUACAACAAAACCUUCAGGGCUCGCUGCCUGCGGAUACUCAAAUCACCAAAAUCUCUCCUGAAGGCUUCCACCAAUGAUUUCGGAGUUUCCGUUUCUCAAGAUAAUGAUACGUCAUAAAACUGCUCCAGGUAGACUGCAUAAACGGACACUAUUAGUCAUCAUGGACUGUUCUAUAAUUCAUGGACUACUAGUAUUGCUCGCCCCAGAAUGAGAUUAGAAUCCGAUGCGUUUCCUCCAGGUUAAACCAUCUGGACAAAUAAGUCUAUCACCAGAAUGGCUUUAUAAUUUUGAAACACGACUGUUGAAAGAACAUGCCGCGCUCAUUUAUAAUAAGAUGAUGGCACUUUGUACAUGUGUUCCGAAUGCUGGAGUUAGGACACAGGACAAAGAAUUAAGCGUAGACAGGAAAUGAAGAAAUUGGAUGCCGUGAUCAUUCCAAGGACUCGGUGU